AGUAUGUUGUGAGGCAUCUCCGGAAACGGUUUUCGAAGCAGAUGUCUCUUUGAUCCAACAAAAUUUCACAAUUAUAUAAAAAAUUGGCAUGCACGAUAACAGUGUGAAAUGUUGAUUUGCUGAAAAAUUAAUAUCGAGUGGUUAGGGUUUAAUUCUCAUUCAUGAACUAGCCUUUUAAAAAUAUUUUUGUGUGAUUGUGUUUGUUUAUAUACGAAAUAACUGUCCAAAGUAUCUACGGGAAAAUCUUUUCUCGUCACCGUGGCUGGUGAGUCCGUGUCCUUCGGUAGAUCAUUAAAAACUUUCCGACAUAUGUCCUGGGAUGGCAAUGAGCACUUACUCUCAAGGAAAAGGGCGUUUGUACCCGGCGUAUAGUCUGAGUGGUUCAGAAGGUGAAGACUCACCUCGUAGAUACAAUUCCUCACACAAUACCUACCAACAUCCUCUUUAUCAACAACCAGCUGGUUUGAGUGACACUCCUACGUCAGAGAACGCUUCGGACGCAACAUUGACUGAUUCAGAGUUGGCGCUAGCGAGGGAUUCAACUCUUCUCGUUCAUAACGGUUGUCUGUUAGACGGAGUGCCUCGUCCCCCUGAUGUACCUCCCAGAAACCCCACAAUGAACCGUUUAAAUGGGAGGUUAACAACAGCACCUCCAGCAGAAUCUGCACAAGAUUUCGAACCGUCUUGUCUAGUGAGGACACCAUCAGGAAAUGUGUACAUACCAAGUGGAACAAUUAAUCACGCCAACAAAAAUCCGAAUAUAGAUUACAAGUCUUCGAAUUCACCGUGUUGCAGUCCUUCCAAAGAAAUGAAAAAUUCCGAUAGGUGCGGGAGUUUGCCCUAUGGAUCACACGCGGUCCCUAUAGUGCCCGUCCGAAGGCCCAACUCGAGUCAUUUUCCUCAAGCUAGUCGAUUCCAUUUUAGGAAAGGACUGACGUCGAAGUGUACGUGGAAGUGUACGGCAAUAGCUUUUAUAAUGCUCUCUGUCGUCUUAACGGCGGCUCUUUCAUAUAUUUCAGCCUCUAAUUUAUUAAACCUGUCAUAUCAAAAUACGAAACCUUGCGAAGUACUCGUAGGGGAUAAUACACAAAUAGUACCCGAUUCGAAAACGGUACCACCUUCCGAAACGAAUUUAUCGAUAUCGACACGACCUAAGACUUCUAACACGGGAGGUAAUUUCUAUCAAAGUGUAUAUGCAAGAAAACGUAGACAGAUUUUAAUAUCACCGCAUGCUUUUGUGUUACCAGUUGACAGCACAACUUCUAGUAGUAUUAGUUCUAGGAGUACUAGUGUGCAUGCCAAUAGUGUUACUUCAAUGCAUGAUAUAAAUAAUUCAGAUUUCACCACAGCGUUAGAUAGUACCACCGAAGAAAUAUCUACUACAGAUAGUACUACAGAUUCGACUCCUACAAGUACGUCUACUUUUAUGGAUAUCACAUCUUCGACGACACAAGAAAUUUUUACAGAUUUAGAAGAAACCGUUCCGUCUUCAGAGGAAACUCAAAGUACCGAUGAAUCUUCAAUUGAGCAGAUAUCUAGUGCUGAAACUGCAACUAAAACUACUACAAGAAAAACAUUAAGAUACGCUACUGAAGAAAAUCUUUAUUAUGAUCUGCUAGAAAGUUCCGAAGACGAUAUGUCUGAUUCUUCGCUUUUCAAAUUGGAUAAAGAAGAAUACAACGACUUUUUUAAAGAUGAACCACAAGAUAGUAUAGAAAUUGUGAAUAUGGAUAAUAAAUUAUUGUCAACAACUCAAAAAGCCAAAGUAGGGUAUAACAAGAAUAUCAAAAAAAUAGAAGACAAUUCCAAAGAAUUAACAGAUGCUAAUUUAUCUAUUUUACCUAUGGGAGAAAAUAAAGAUUUGAAGCAGAUCCGCAUUAAUGGACCGACUGUAUUAUACAAUAACGCUACUAACAAUGAAGUUUUUAGUGAUUUUAAAUCUAACCCCAAACCUUCUCCUAACUUUAAAGUUGUAGACUUUCCUGCCAGCAUGUCCUCUUCCAAAAGAGUUCUUGUAAACGUAACUAUAGCUACAGACGAUACUAACAAUGGGCAAUCUGUAUAUGUGCUUUCGGUGUCAGUACCUACGGAUGGUAAAUCCCAACCUGGAGUUGAAAUUGACACGAAAGAUAAUCAUCACAAGGAAACAGUUAAGUUAUCAGAUAAGACAACUGCCCCGCCGCUAGAUUUUGAAAAAGAAGUGGGUGGCGCUUGCGAAUGUUCAUGUCCUUCAUUAGAAUCUAACGAAUUUUCAGACAAUUCGACAGCAGACUAUGAUUACGAUAACAUCGUCAUCGAACAUCACAACUUAACUACUACUGAAUUGUAUGGUAAUAGCACGGAGAGAAAUCCUACGACCGAUAUAGAAUCGACUUCCGAAAACUGGUCAACCGUUUGUCCAGAAGUCACUACGAAAUUACCACCGCCACCUACUAUUCUUAUUUUGGAAGGUGCCCGCACGUUUCCAGCUAAGUCGUUUCCACCAGACGGAACUACAUUUUCUCAAAUAUCGCUAGGACAACGAUUAUCGAAAGAAAUUCCGGCGUAUAGUUAUUGGAACAUGCAAUUCUAUCAAUCUGAAGCGGCGUACGUACAAUUUGAUUACAGCAUUCCGAGGGGCGCAAGUAUAGGGGUAUAUGCCAGAAGAAACGCUCUACCUACUCAUACACAAUAUCACAUUUUGGAAGUACUUAGUGGGUUUAAGGCUAGAACGACAAGAGCAUCACAUCAGUCUAGUGUGAAAAAAGAAGUAACUCAUUACAUGGAACAAGGCCAUUGGUUUUUAUCAUUAUACAACGAUGAUGGGGAUCCUCAAGAAGUUACGUUUGUUGCUGUAGUAGCGGAUGAUAUGACCCACAACUGUCCGAACGGUUGUAGCGGAAAAGGAGAAUGUCUGAUGGGUCACUGUCAAUGCAAUCCUGGAUUUGGAGGAGAUGACUGCAGUGAAAGUGUAUGUCCUGUGCUAUGUAGUCAACGUGGCGAGUACAUCAAUGGAGAAUGUCAAUGUAACCCCGGAUGGAAAGGAAAAGAAUGUCAACUAAGGCAUGAUGAAUGCGAAGUGCCUGAUUGCAACGGUCACGGGCAUUGUGCUAACGGCAAAUGUAACUGCAUCAGGGGCUAUAAAGGAAAGUUCUGUGAGGAAGCUGACUGUCAACAUCCGACCUGUUCAUCGCAUGGAUAUUGUGUAGAAGGAACUUGUAUUUGUAAGAAGGGUUGGAAAGGAAGCGAUUGCUCCCAAAUGGAUAAAGAUGCACUUCAAUGUCUUCCAGAUUGUUCUGGGCACGGAACAUUCGAUCUCGAUUCUCAAACUUGUACCUGUGAACCGAGAUGGUCUGGCGAUGACUGUUCAAGAGAACUUUGCGAUCUUGAUUGUGGUAGUCACGGUCAUUGCGUCAACGAAGCGUGCCAAUGUGACGCUGGUUGGUCUGGUGAAUUCUGCAAUAUGAAACAAUGUGAUCCAAGGUGUAAUGAUCACGGUCAAUGUAAAAACGGAACUUGUCUGUGUGUCACUGGUUGGAACGGAAAACACUGUACUAUUGAAGGAUGUCCGAAUAGUUGUUCCGGGCACGGUCAAUGUAGAUUCAGUAGCGAAAGUAGUUGGGAAUGCAGAUGUGAUAACGGAUGGGACGGUGUCGACUGUAAUCUUCUACUCGAACAAAAUUGUAAUGAUGGAAGAGAUAACGACAAAGAUGGCCUAGUAGAUUGUGAAGAUCCAGAAUGCUGUUCGAACAAUGCUUGCAAAAACAGUCAACUUUGCGUUUCGUCACCUAAACCUAUAGAUAUUUUACUGCGAAAACAACCUCCGGCGAUAACAGCAUCUUUUUUUGAAAGGAUGAAGUUUUUAAUAGACGAAGGUAGCCUUCAGAACUACGCCCGAGCUGAAACAUUCAACGAAAGUAUGUUCUGGAACAACUUUAACACGAGUCGAUCUGCGGUCGUCAGAGGUCGAGUAACAACACAAGUAGGAACCGGAUUAAUGGGAGUCAGAGUUAGUACCAAUACUCCAUUGGAAGGUUUUACAUUAACAAGAGAUGAUGGAUGGUUUGAUCUACUAGUUAAUGGAGGUGGUGCGGUUACUCUACAAUUCGGAAGAUCGCCUUUCAGCCCUCAGAGUCGCAUAGUUUACGUUCCAUGGAAUGAAGUAGUCAUUAUAGAAAAUGUAAUUAUGGUAACUGGAGAUGAAAGGACAAUUAGUGUCAUACCACAACCUUGCAGCUCCCACGAUUAUGAUACGAUGAAACCUGUCGUUUUAGCGACAUGGAAACAUGGUUUUCAAGGAGCUUGUCCUGAUAAAAGCGCUAUAUUGGCCGAAUCUCAAGUUGUGCAAGAAAGUCUUCGUAUACCAGGAACAGGAUUGAAUCUUGUUUACCAAAGUUCUCGCGCCGCUGGAUACUUAUCGACAAUACAAUUACAACUUACACCAGAAAUUGUUCCUGCCGAUUUAAAAUUGAUUCAUUUAAGAAUUACAAUUGAAGGGAUUCUUUUUGAAAAAGUUUUCGAAGCAGAUCCAGUUAUAAAAUUUACGUAUGCUUGGAAUAGACUCAACGUAUACAGACAAAGAGUUUAUGGAGUAACUAACGCUAUCGUAAAAGUUGGUUACGAAUACAAUAAUUGCAAGGAUAUUAUUUGGGAUGUGCAAACUACGAAAUUAAGUGGUCACGAUAUGAGUAUAUCAGAAGUUGGUGGAUGGAAUUUAGACAUUCAUCAUCGUUAUAACUUCCACGAAGGAAUUUUACAAAAAGGAGAUGGUUCAAAUAUAUACUUAAAACACAAACCACGUGUCAUAUUGACGGCCAUGGGCGAUGGACAUCAAAGACCACUGGAAUGUACAGAUUGCGAGGGUCAGGCUUUCAAGCAGAGACUUCUUGCACCAGUCGCUCUUGCUAGUGCUCCGGAUGGUUCUUUAUUUGUUGGAGAUUUCAAUCUAGUCAGAAAGAUUCAGACUGACGGAAUCGUACGAACUAUAGUCAGAUUAAACGCUACCAGAGUGUCUUACAGAUACCACAUGUCCUUAAGUCCACUAGAUGGAACUUUGUACAUCUCCGAUCCUGAAUCUCAUCAAAUCAUUAAAGUUAGAAGUAAAGACGAUUAUUCCGAUCCAGACCGUAACUGGGAAACGGUGGUCGGAUCCGGAGAGCGAUGUCUUCCAGGCGAUGAAGCACAUUGUGGAGACGGUGCUUUAGCUAGAGAUGCCAAAUUAGCGUAUCCAAAAGGAGUCGCGGUAUCUAACGACAACGUUUUGUAUUUCGCCGAUGGAACGAACAUAAGAAUGGUUGACAGAGAUGGUAUUGUUACCACUGUUAUAGGAAACCACAUGCACAAAUCGCAUUGGAAACCGUUACCUUGUGAAGGAACUUUGAAUCUCGAAGAAGUACAUCUGAGAUGGCCUACAGAACUAGCAAUAAACCCUCUUGAUAAUACUCUACAUAUAAUAGAUGACCACAUGAUCUUACAGCUGACUUUAGAUGGAAGAGUGAAAGUCGUAGCGGGUAGACCUUUGCACUGCGCUUCUCCUCUUACGGGCUACGAUAUCGAACUAGCCACGCAUGCCACAUUAGUUAUGCCGCAAAGUAUCGCCUUCAGUUCCUCGGGUGAUCUCUACGUUGCCGAAAGUGAUUCUCAACGGAUAAAUAGAGUUCGAGUGAUCGGUACAGAUGGAAAAAUAUCUCCGUACGCCGGUGCCGAAUCGAAAUGUAACUGCUUAGAAAGAGGCUGCGAUUGUUUCGAAGCUGAUCAUUUCCUAGCUUCUAACGCCAAAUUCAACACUAUAUCAUCAGUUACAGUUACGCCCGAUGGUCACGUACACAUCGGCGAUCAAGCUAACUACAGAAUCAGAUCCGUCAUGGCAAGUAUUCCAGACGCUAGUGCAUCCAGAGAAUACGAAAUUUAUUCUCCGGAAACUCAAGAAAUUUAUAUAUUCAAUAGGUUCGGUCAACACGUAGCUACAAAGAACAUUUUAACUGGAGAAUCGAGUUAUGUUUUCACUUACAACGUUAACACCAGCAACGGUAAACUUAGUACGGUAACUGAUGCCGCCGGAAAUAAAGUGUUUUUAUUAAGAGAUUAUUCCAGUCAAGUGAAUUCUAUAGAAAAUACGAAAGGUCAAAAAUGCAGAUUAAGAAUGUCCAGAAUGAGGAUGUUGUAUGAACUUAGUACACCAGAUAAUUACAACGUGACUUUCGAUUACCACAGCCCUACUGGUUUAUUGAAAACUAAGCUAGAUAGUAGUGGAAGAAGCUAUGUGUACAAUUACGAUGAAUUCGGUAGAUUGGUAUCAGCAGUUACACCGACAGGAAAAAUUAUCAGCUUAUCUUUCGAUUUGAGCUUGAAAGGUGCCACUGUUAAAGUCAGUCAAAACAAUCGACCGCCAGUUUCGAUGUUAAUAAAAGGAUCUAGUGUAGCAACUAGGAUAGAUGAAGUCGAAAAUAGAAUUAUUUUGUUACCUGAUGGUAGUGUAACUAGCGAAUCAUCUUGGUCCCAUAGUAUAACAACAGAUACAGUUCCUUAUAAUAUUCUAGCAGAUAAAGAUCCUAUAUUAGGUGAAAGCUACCCCGUACCUGCUAAACAGAGAAUAGAAAUAGGUGGAGAUCUCGCUAAUAGAUUUGAAUGGAGAUAUUUCGUAAGACCUAAUCAAAAUUCCAAAAAUAAUAAGAACGCAUCACCGAGAAUUUUAACUAAAGUCGGUAAAAAAUUAAGAGUAAACGGUGAAAAUCUCCUUACAAUGGAAUACGAUCGAGAAACUGCUUCUGUAUCGGUAUUUAUGGAUGAUAAAAUUGAAUUACUAAACGUAACAUAUGAUAGAUCGGCGAGACCUGUUAAAUUAGGACCAAGAAAUGGAAUAUUUACGGAAGUUGAGUUAGAAUACGACAGAUUCAGUAGACUAACAAGCUGGAAAUGGGGAGAUCUGAGUGAAAACUAUGGUUUCGAUAGAGCUGGAAGAUUGAAUGAAAUAAAAUAUGGUGAUGGAUCAUCGUUGGUUUAUGCGUUCAAGGAUAUGUUCAGUAGUUUGCCGCUCAAAGUAAGUACACCGAGAGGAUCAGAUUACUUGCUCCAAUACGAUGAUUCCGGAGCUCUGCAAUCCUUAACAACCCCAAGAGGACAUAUUCACACGUUUUCUCUACAAACAUCUCUCGGAUUUUUCAAAUAUCAAUAUUUCUCACCGAUGAACCGACACCCAUACGAAAUAAUUUACAACGAUAACGGUCAAAUAUUAGCUAAAAUAUUCCCACAUCAAUCUGGAAGAGUUUCUUACGUAUAUGAUGACGCAGAAAGACUCGAAACUACUUUAGCCGGAAUGAGCUCUACCCAUUACGUCUAUCAUGAACUUUUAGAUCUUGUAAAAAGUGUUGAGAUCAUAGAACCGAACUUCGAAUUGAAACAAGAAUUCAAAUACCACGCUGGUAUACUUAAAGAUGAAAAAAUCAAAUUUAACAGUAAAAGUGGUUUAGAUAAUGCUCACUAUAAAUAUCAAUAUGAUGGAAACGCCAGAUUAUCAACAGUAGAUGUAGACAUAAACGGUAAGGAACUGCCCCAGUUGAGACUAAAAUAUAAUCAAAAUCUUGGAAUUUUGGAGGGUAUAAGCGACUUACGGGUGUACAGAAACACGUUCAACAGAUCUGUUAUGCAAGAUACCACAAAACAAUUCUUUACUAUAACCGAUUUCGAUGAUCGCGGACGUAUUAAAACUAUUCUAAUAAACAUAAAAUCCUUUGACGUAUUUAGAUUAGAAGUAGAGUACGAUUCCAGAAAUAGAAUACAGAUGCAAAAGUUAAUGGUCGGUAGAUCGCAAUUUAUGGAUAGAUUUUCUUACAACUCCGACGGUCAUGUCCUGGAAGUUAUAGGUACUAGUAAUUGGAAGUACGUUUACGACGAAAACGGUAAUAUAAUCGGAGUUAUUAAAGAAAAAGAAAAGAUUUCAUUAGGAUACGACAGCGGUGAUAGAGUCGUUCAAUAUGGAGACGUAGAAUUCUACAGUUACGAUUCGCGUGGUUUCGUAGUCAGAAGAGGGGAACAAAAAUAUAGAUACAAUUCCAAAGGACAACUGAUUCAUGUAUUCGAACGCGAUAAAUUUCAAAUUUGGUACUAUUACGACGAUAGAGGUAGAUUAGUAUCUUGGAACGAUGACAAAGGGAACGUAACGCAAUACUUAUACACGAACCCAAGCACCCCAGAUUUACUAACUCACGUACAUUUCCCCAAAACCGGCAGAACUUUUCGUUUCUUGUACGAUUCCCGAAAUGUCAUUAUAACAGUCGAAACUUCUGAACAAAGAUUCUACGUUGCUUGCGAUCAAAACGGUUCUCCAAUCGCUCUGUUCGACAUUAACGGCAAUCUCAUAAAGGAGGUCAGAAGAACGCCGUUCGGUAAUAUCGUUUUAGAUACAAACCCAGAUUUUUACCUACCGGUAGAUUUCCACGGUGGUAUUCUAGAUCCCAACACGAAACUUAUAUUCGUCAACAAAAGAUUAUACGAUCCGAUCGUCGGACAGUGGAUGACGCCAGACUGGGAAAGACUAGCGACGAAAUUAUCGAUACCAACUGAUGUGUUCAUUUAUAGAUUCCACAAUAACGAUCCUAUCAACUCCAAGAUGUCAUUGGAUUAUAUGACAAGUUUCAACAGUUGGUUGAAACUAUAUGGAUAUGAUAUUGAAAAUAUGCUUGGUUCACGGUAUAUCAGUCGUCUGAUUUAUAGACCAAAGGCGCUAGUGACUGCUCCUCAACUAGCACCAGAUUUUGGAAUUAUGUCUGGACUUCAGUGUAUAGUGGACAAGAUUAAUGAAAAAUUCAUGGAUCUGAGUUUCGUUCCGAAACCGCUUCUGAAAAUGGAACCCAAAACGAAGAAUCUUCUUCCCAGAGUAGCAUAUAGAAGAUCCGUCUUCGGCGAAGGUGUCCUCAUAUCUCGCUUAGGAAGUAGAGCCUUAGUUAGUGUAGUAGAAGGAGUAAAUGGUGUAGUGCAAGACGUAGUAACUUCGGUAUUUAAUAAUUCGUUCUUUUUAAAUUUACAAUUCAGUAUACAUGAUCAAGACGUUUUCUAUUUUGUCAAAGACAAUGUACUUAAAAUACGUGACGAUUUAGAAGAGCUGCGUAGAUUAGGUGGUAUGUUCAAUGUAUCUACCCACGAAAUAACCGAACACGGUUCUACAACAACAAUAAAAGAAUUGCGAAUACACAAUCCAGAUGCAGUAGUAAUUAUUAAAUACGGUGCCGAUCCGGAAAUUGAAACGCACAAAAUUCUUCGACAUGCGCACAAAAGAGCUGUGGAAAGAGCCUGGGAAAUCGAAAAGCAACUCGUCGCUGCCGGUUUUCAAGGCAGAGGAGAUUGGACAGAAGAAGAAAAGGAAGAAUUAAUCUCCCAUGGUGACGUAGAUGGUUACGAAGGUGUGGAUAUACAUAGUAUACACAAAUAUCCUCAGUUGGCCGAUGAUCCUGGGAACGUUGCUUUCCAGAGGGAUACUAAACGCAAACGAAGGAAGAGUGGUGUCAGAAGAAGUAGAAUACAUAGACAUUCGUGAUUAAGGAAUUAAAAUGGUGAUAUUAAAUUAUAGUAUGGUUUAAAAUGAAAUUCCAGCUGGUUUUUAUUAAAAUUUAAUUGUAUCAUCUAAAUUUUUACUAGAGAUUGUGAAUACAAUUGGCUUGUUUUAAAUUAUUUAAUAAUUCAAUAAUCAAGGGAACUAUAACGCACCCCAGUUUUGACAAAAACAUAGUAAUUACUUAUUCAUUAAUAAUUCACUUAAAGAUUGGAGAUUUUUCGUACUACCCUAAAAAAAUCAAAAGUGUUUCUUUCUCGCUAUUUGAGAAUUAAUGAAAUAACAGUUUCCAUUACGUUGGAAAAGGUUCCAAUAUUGUUUUGUGUAAUACCAAUUUUUGUAAAUGUAGAUAUGUUAUGAAGACUAAGCAGUUAAUGCCUGUUAAGCAGAAUUUGUUUAAUAAAAAGUUUUACUUUAAAAUAAGUUUCAAUUUCUCUUGCUAAAGCAGUACUCAGUACUUUUAUGUCAUUAUUAGUCUUACUAGAAAAGAAGACAGCUCCAAUUUCUCAUGCUUAAAAUAUAUAUUCAUUACUUUUUAUGCUAUAAUAAUAAUAAGUAUUUCUGGACGAGAAAGUUCAAUUAAUAUCUUUUCAUAAGAUUUUCAAAUGAAUAAAAAACCUAUAUCCUGUUUAUCAGAACAGUUACAUAAUUCGUAUAUUUAGAGAAACAUGUUGAAUCAAAAAUUGUAAUCCGUUAUCUAGAACUGACUCUCUUGCUUAAACAAUAUCCAAAUCUUUUUAUACCGUAAUAAAUGUAGUUGGAUGGUCGAGGCAGUCGAAUAAUAAAUAUAAAGACACUAACUUUUAUAUUUUAAAUUAUGAAAAACGUCUUAUACAUUCACUCUUUACAAGAAACGAUAAAAUAACGCAAACUAAACUCGCCGAAGGUGGAAAAUCACUUUUUAAAUCAUUUUUAUUUAUUACUUUACUUUUACACUUGGAAAACACCGACAAUAAAAUUCACGUUAAAUUAUGUGAUAACUAACUAACUGACUAACCAACAUGUCGUUAGCUAUGCAUAUCGCUUAAAUCUUUCUGGAAGAGGAAACAAAAUGAAUUUUUUUCAUAAAAUCCUUAAUAGGGACAUACUAAUACUGCAUUCUAUCUAUUGUUACAAAUGUAACAACCAAUUUUUAGUUUUAAUUAUAUAUAUUUAUGGUUGAAUAACAAUAUAUGUUGUAUUGAAUGAAAUUUGUGUCUGCAUCGAAUAAAACUUUUACUUAAUUUAGUAUCAUCCCUUAACAAAAAUAGAAAAUAAACGUUAAUAAGAUUCACUACUAAUAAAUAUCAUUUAUUGUGGAGAUAAGAAUAAAAUAUAUAUUCACAAAGCAGUCAUUACGUCUUCAGUUUCUUGUCUUUUAUUACCAAUUAUAUUAACAUAAUUGCGUGGAAUAUUCUCAUUAAUCGAUUCAAUAUUUCAAAUCAAUUCAGAAAUUGCACUUUUUCGAUUCCUCUAACCAAAAAUAAUUCCUAUAGGAGUUUAAAAAAUGAGUCAAAACUGUACGGUGGGCUAUUGUUCUUUAUACCCUAUCAUUUCAAUAAAUGAGUUGGAUGUGGUUCAAAAAAGGGUGCCAAAUUUAAUAUACAUGUUCGAACAUAUUGUUUUUAAAAAUUAACAAUUUUGGCUUUUUAAUCAAAUGAUUUCAAUUUAAAUUAAAGAAGUGAAGUACUAACUAUUUUGUAGGUAUGUACCUAAAAAAAUAUCCAGCUGGAUCAUUUGUUUUAUUGCCCUACUAUAAAAUAUGACAUCAUAAAUAUUUUUGUGUGCCAUACUCCAUGACAACAAAUCAAAUCCUAGUCGUUUCCUUGAAGUCAACAUUAUUUAAACAUUACAGAGACAAUAUUUUUUAAAUGAAAAAAUAAUAAAAUUCGUGGCAUAUUUUGAUAAUAUAAUAAAUGUGAACAUAUAAAGCCAUGAAUCUGUCCAAUGAAAUUUGUAACUGUUUUGUGUAAAAGCAAUCAAAAGGCCUAUAUGUUAACGAAAGGAUGCGUUGUCCAACAGGGUAGCCAACAUACUCUAAAGGAUACUAUUUAAAAAAUAAUAAAGGUACUGACUGAAAUAGGAAAGGAUCUCUGGGAGGCACAACAACUAAAUAUACAUAAUUUUGACGAAAAAAAAAACGUACUAAUAAAAUAAUGAUUUCAAGUGAGUAAUAAAUAAUUUUAGAGAAAAAUUUUUAUAUCUGUAAAUUAUUUAAUAAGAAAAAUAAACAGUUCAAAAAUAAGAUAUUUAGAAAAUGGUAUUUUGUAAAAAAUAAAGAUACUUUACUUUUGCAGAAAAUUCAGAUUUUUUGACAAACCUCGUAUACUGCUUUAAAAAAUUGCUAUCUGAUGGUUGCAAUUUAACUUUUGGACCAUGCAGAAUUUUUAUCAUAAAACCACUAAUAAAAAAGUUUUCCAUAUGGUUCCAGCUUAAGUAGACACACAAGUAUAAAAAGUAUCUUUAAUUAAGAUAAUAAAACCUACAGAAGCAAACAAAAUCUGGGUAGAAAUAUAUAGCAGUGAAUUGUGAUACUAUGCUUCAGAUGACCAGCUCACACAAUAAACUUUGAAAAAAAUAAGUAUGUGAAGCAAUAAACGAGUCAUGAAGCAAGAAUAUAUUUCUUAAAAUUAUGAUCAUUUAAUUGUUUUCAGCCAAUUUACACUUAUAUUAUUUGAAUCAUAGAUAACUGAGCGUAUUAAUUGAUUUUUACCAUUGAGAUUACUUUUAUGAAUUCAGUUUGUGUUCAAACCCUUCUGUUUAAUUUACACACAUUUAUCCUAAUUUAAAUAAGAAACUAGUACUAAUAAUAUUGUAAGCAUAAAUCCAAAGUUUAUUUUUCAAAUAUUGCUGUAUAAUUGUUGAUGACUCCUAUUGAUCUUAGCCUGUAUAAGUCGGUGAAGAAAGCGAAGACUCUGAAAAUAAUUUAAAGUAUAUUUAAGGUAACACUAAAGAAUGACCUGUACAUAUGUCAGAAGCUUUUUAUAUGAAAACUUAUAGUGAAUCGCUAUGACGAGUAUUUGAUUAGAUUUUUAUGCUGCAAAUUCUUAUGAAUGUUUCAAAAAAAAACAUCGUAGGCCAGUCUGUCAACACAAAAUUAUAUUACAAAAAAAUUUUAUCCAUAAUUUUUCAUAUGCCUAAUAUACUAGAUGAAAAUGAAUAGUAAAAGAACAUGCAUUCUAUUUAUCUAGUUUUUUUUGUAAUUUCACAUGUCAUGCAUGCUUUUGCUUUUUUUUAGAUCUUUAUACAUCAUCUGAGAUAUUGAAAUAACCAUAUUAAACACUAUUUCAAAAAUUUUUUGAAAAAUGUUGUCUAAUAACAAAUUAUAGUGUUUUGAGAUAAAUAAAUCUACCCAGAACAGUUUAAAUACUGUCAUCGUUUGAUUGAAUCUUUUUUUAAUAUUUGGCUAAACUUCUUCAAUUUUUUUCAUUCAUAUUAUAAAGAGAUAUAAGCUUUGUUCCAGCUAUGGAGGAUAGAGGUAAGGAGAACCACCUCGGUGUUUCGAAAAAUGUCUGUUGAAAGGAAGCAAAUUAAGGUGGCGCUAUAGUAGCAAGUGGAAAAAUUUUAAAAAGUGCGCCAAAAACUAUUACUAGUAAAUUAAAUUCUUUUUUGAAAGUCAUGACUAUUUCAAAGAAACUAUUAAUAUACAAAUUCAUUCGAAAAUUGUAAAUAAAAAAUAUAACUGCUAAGUUAAUAUCAUUUCCAUUUGCUACACUAGCUCUAUUUUGGCGAGUCUUCGUAUUUUAAUUUGCUAUUUACAUCUGAACACUUUUUCAACUGAUCCCCCAUACAAGACGGUUCUCCUUACCUCCACCCUCCAAAGUCCAACAAAAAACCGUCCCUGAUACGGUGAGGAUUCUGCGCAAUAGAUAUUACAUGUUGCCAACAGGGCAGUUUCCGUUAUAGGAACGAUUCUGUUUUGUGUUCCAAUAGACUUAAGGUCGAUCCACACAUAUCCGGUCGUUUGCUCGAUUCACUUUUCAAUAUUUUCUGUGUAUGAACGAAGAGCUUCUCAUCGAGUUAGUUCGGGAACGACCAGUUCUUUACAAUAUGAAGGACUCAAGUGGUCACGUUGUCGUUAAUGUUUGAACACGCACCGUAUUUACCCCUUUAGUUAACUAAGAAUUUCGUCAAACGAUUUUUUUUCCACUAAAGAUCACGGUACGGUACCUCACGGCACGGAUACGUGUGGAUUGACCUUUAUACUGAAUACACUGUUUACACCAACACUAACAACACAAUUACACUGUCUGACGCGCGUUUCGAUAACCAAGUUAUUGUCUUCAGAGACAGAAGGUAAACAGUCUAGAAAACUCGCGUCAGACAGUGUGAGUGUUUGUGUAGUGGUGGUGUAAACAGUGUGUUCAGUAUGAAUAUCGCCAACGGUUCCAGAAAUUCCAACUCAAAAUCGACGUUUAGUUUGUGAACCGUUUCCGGGACGGUCUUUUCGAUAUUUGGUUGAUAUCAAGUACUGUUACUAAAACCGUACAUAGACGGAGAUUGCGCAGAAAAUAUCGACCCAAUAACCGUUCCGAGAAUAGUCCAAAUUAGCAGAUUGUAACAAACUUAUAUAGUUAUUACUUUUUAAACAAAAACAUGGAUGUUCAAAUAAAAAUUCAUUUAGUUUUGUCAACAUUUCGCGAAUGCUAUACUGUUAUAUGUUAUACUGUAUAACAUUCUUCAUAAAAUUUUUUUACACACAAAUUAUUAUAACAUGUAACUCAAAUUUUAUUCAAUAUUGACAUUUUCAAUUGAGUUUAAUGAAAAAUAUGUUCACAAACUGACCUAUCAAUGAAUAUGUAGCAUUCGACUGAUAUAUUAUCCAUUCACGAUUAUAGAUACAUAUUACGAAGCAUAGUCCAUAGAUGUUAUUUUUAUUUUAUCUAGUUUUACAACUCUAUUGGUGCUUAUAACUCCACAAACCUUGAAAUAUUAGAUUUUCUAACCCGUCAAUACUCUGCAAUGGGCAAAGUUAUCAUUAGAAUAGCGUACUACUUAAAUGUGACCGUGACAAUCUCAUUCACUUGAACAGUUUCAUACACAACAUUAAAAUGAAGUAUAUAAAGUUUAUAGCUCCUGCUUUUGGAUAGUUGGAAUUUUAUUUUUGUAUCUGAUGCUUUAUUAAAAUUUUACUUGAAUCAAAACUUGCUCAUUUCUUCUAACAUUGAGUGUGAAGUAAAAAAUUAUUCUUUUGUUCCAAAAAUUCACUUUGAAUACUUCUCACAUCAUAUUUUGAAAUGAACAUCACCCAGCCUCUUACAAACAGAGACUGCACUUGUUAACCACUCCUUAAAUUGACGAAAAAAAUACGUGAGAUUCACCCUCGAAGUUAUGGUAUUGUUGCAAAAUAUUUAAUCAACUAUAGUAUGAAAAUGCAACGACAAGCUUUACCGUUUGGCAUUUUCUGUAAUCUGCACGAAAACUUCAUAAUGUUAACUAAAAUGUUAGAAAAGGAAAAUUAGAAACUGAACUUCAAAAGAUGUUCUGCUUCUGGAAUAAAAUUUACAUUUCCUAUAAACUUUUUAUGGAGUAACAUUUGUGGAUGAGACUGUUAGAACGACAUUUUUCAAUAAAUAAAUUGUAUUAAUUGCCCAACUAACUAGAAAUGUUUUUUUCUCACCUUGUAUUGAUCAAAAAUAUGUUAGAUAUUGCAAUAGUCGAAACUGUGUUUAGGUACUGCUGUUAUAAUGAUAAAUUCACUCCUUUUCUAUAAACUUUUUGUACUCUACAAUAAUACUCAUGUCUUUUAGAGUUUUUUUUUUAUUUGGAGCGAAUGAUGGACGUUCAUAAAAUUUGAAUAGGUAGGACAAAAUGGGCGAACUAAAGCCAAUAUGUGGAAAAGUGAUAUUUUUUCUAAUGUGACUAAAAUUGAAAGCAAUACUUUCUUAAAAAAUUAUUCUUAAUUAUUAUUAUUAUUAUUAAAUUAUGUGCAAUUGUUGUGUGGCUGUCUGACACACGGCCUGCACUUGUAAUGCAUUGAAAAUACUGAUGACCAUAUUCGUAAAAUAUUGAUAAUAUUUUAUGUAUGUAUAUAUAUAAAUUUAUUGUGUAUAUUGUUUUUAUAUGUAAAUAUAUUAUGUUUUAUUCAGUAAUAUAAUCGUUUAUUAAAAACAGAAA